GACAAAAUGAGAUUAUAGACGCACAGAGAUGAAUUGUCGACAUAAAGCAGCAGGAACAACAUGGGGGUGCUGUUUCCCUUAAUUUUCUCGCUCACUUCCAGUCAUACCGGUCGUCGGCCCAGUGACACCACGCCGACGGAACGAGAACUCGCAGCCGAAGUAUAUAAUUCACUCAAAAGGCAUCAAGAACUCCAUGGGUUUCUCUGUUUCUCUCAAAAGCUUACUUCGAGCAUUCCUGACGCCAGACUGUUAGAGUUAUACGACAAUGCUCUUCGAAAAAUUAUACUUGGAUGUACAGUUUCAACUGGACGACCCCUCUGCCGAAUUCAAUGUUGGAGACAGGAUUCAGGGAACGGUUCUCGUCACCCCACGAAAAGACAUCUCACCACAUCGGCUGAGCAUCUCUCUUGAAGGACCGAAAACGCCGUACCACUUCCACCGUCUACAGCCUGCCAGACUUUCCUUCAUAUAGACCACCCGCUCGACGUUAAACAUCUAGUACAAUCCGGCUCAUUAUUGCAGGCUGGAGUACAAUACGAGAUUCCAUAUGAGUUUGUGGUGC